AUGGAGAAGACCGAUGCAGCCAGCCAGCCACCCAAACCCGAUGGGGAGAAGGAGCAGCCCCGCAGCCUCCCUUACUCCGUGGAGACGCCGUACGGCUUUCACUUAGACCUGGACUUCCUGAAGUACGUGGAGGACAUCGAGAAAGGGAACACCAUCAGAAGGGUUCACAUCCACCGCAAAGCCAAGCAGCCAAAAUUCAGCACCCUGCCCCGGAACUUCAGCCUGCCCGAGAACGGCUCCCGGGGGGGUGAACCAGCAUCACCCGCUGCCCUGCAGGUCACAGAGGAGAACACGAACCCUGGGGAAGGGGAGUUAAGUGUGAGUGAAAUCACUCUGAACGUGCUGGAGAAAGCUGAGGAGGGAAGUGUUUCGGCUGGAGAGAGCAAGGAGAGCCGUGGUCCUCAGCCUUGUGAUGCUGGAGAUGCCGGUGGGGUUGCCGCGCUGAAGCAGCAGAUUGCUGCUCUGGAGGAGCAGCUGGACAAGAAGAAAGAAGAGCUCGAGCAGGUCAGGGCAGUGCUGGAGCAGCAGGAUCAUGAAAUCAAGGAGAAGGAGAAGAGCAUUCAGUUACUGGCCAGCUCCAAAGCUCAGCUGGAGGAGAAGCUGAGCCGGGCAAACACUGCAGAGGCCGAGCCACCAUCCAGGCGGAGCGGUCGGGCUUUGCAGUGCUCCGAUGCUGCGGUGAACACUGACCUCUCACAGGUAACUGUGGCCAAGCAGGCCCAUGAUAAAGGCAUCAAUGUAAAUAUCCCAGUCUCCACCAAAUCCAUAGGAUGCAGCGUCCACAGAGCAGACAACAUGAACACGCAGGCGAUGGAGCUGGGUGCUUGGAGAGAUCAGGGACUGGCAGAUGCUCACACCAGUGUCAGUGGAGAGGGACAUUGUGGCGAAGCCAACAUCGAGGCUGGGCUUCACGCACCGUGUUUCACCCCGCUGAAGACUGACGAGCACCUUGGUGAUGACAAUCAAAAUCACAGGAAUAACUACGAUACCCAGAGUCUCGCUGCUCACGCGGUGGGUGCAGAAGGCUAUGGAGGAGCAAGAAUGGGCUCAAAGGCAGGUGAAAACAAGGCAGGCUUUGGAGAAGAUAAACCUCAGGAUGGGCUGGAAGAGGAAGAUUCCCCGGACCACGAGGAUCUCCCUGCUGUUGAUCCCAUUGGCCAAUAUGUAAAAAAGAUCCAGGAGCUCUUGCAGGAGCAGUGGCUGUGUUUGGAGCACGGCUACCCCGAGCUCGCGAGUGCUAUUAAGCAGCCGGCUUCCAAGCUCAGCUCCAUCCAGAACCAAUUGGUUAAUUCCUUAAACUCGUUGCUCUCUGCCUACUCUACGCGAGGGCCUGCGGAUAAGGAGAAUUCGAACACGCACUAUCAACAGUUGGAAAUCUCUCCAACCACAAGUCUUAAAUCCAUCAUGAAAAAGAAAGGUUAUGGUUUCCAUGCGGGAGGCAAUGGGACCAAAAAGAAUCUUCAGUUUGUUGGGGUAAAUGGUGGCUAUGAAACGACUUCAAGCGAAGACACGAGUUGUGAAGACAGCCCAUCGGAAUGCGACGUGGAGAGUGAGACGGAGAGGAGAGCUGAUGACUUGGAGCCCACGCAGGAGAAAGCUGGAGGUGAAACCAAGGGGGCUUCGUCCGGGACCUCCUCGCAGGAGAGGUGUGAGGACGACGACUUGCAGGAGCCAUCAACAGAAGCAGCACCUUGCACUGAGCACAAGGUUGACAGAUGCAAACCCUCUGAAGAUUUCCUUGCCGACUGCCAGCUACUCAGCAAGCACCUCUCCGAAAUCAGGACCACAAGUGACAAGCAUCUGCAGCACGUCCUGAGCUCCAUCAGCCAGGAGUGGUUCCGGGUGUCGAGCCACAAGUCCUCCAGCCCCGAGGUUGUCGCGGCGUAUCUCGAGGCACUGGGAGCCAUCGAGCCGCAGCUCCUGGAGGUGGUGGUGAACCUGGCCGACAGGAACGGCAACACAGCUCUUCACUACAGCGUUUCCCACUCCAACUUCCCGACCGCAAAGCUCCUGCUGGACACAGGCGUGUGCCGCCUGGACCUGCAGAACCGCGCCGGCUACACCGCAGUGAUGCUCACCCCACUGGCGGCCGCUGAGACGGGCGAGGACAUGGAGGUGGUGAUGAAGCUGCUGAAGGAGGGAGAUGUCAACCUGAGAGCUGCCCAGGGAGGCCAGACUGCCCUGAUGCUGGGGGUGAGCCACGAGCGGGACGACAUGGUGCGAGCCCUCCUGUCCUGCCAGGCUGAUGUCAACCUGCAGGACGAGGAGGGGACAACAGCCCUGAUGGUGGCCUGUCGGCAGGGCAACACCGACAUUGUCAGACUCCUCCUGGCCCAGCCUGGCUGCCAGGUCACACUGACAGACAAGGGCGGUAACUCGGCACUGUCGCUGGCCCAGCACGCUGCCCAUGGGGACAUCGCUGCCCUCCUGCGUGCCCACAGCGAGCAGAGCCCGUCCCUCUCUGCGUGA